AUGCGAGAGGAGCAGCAGCAGGAGAAGCAGCAGGAGGAGGAAGCAGCCAGAACAAAACAGAAAGUGAUCAGCGACCUGCUAGUCCUCGCAGUCAUUGCUCUCAUAGUCCGAGCACUCACUGUAGGAUACACCAUCAUAUGGUCCAAAGUGAUAAGCAGUUACAAGUCUACGAAUGAGCUUCUGUGCGAUGAAGGGGAGUCGAGUCUGUGGAGUUGGGUACAAUGCUUCUGCUCCUGGGAUGGAGAAUAUUUUUUACGGUUAUCAUUAAACGGGACAGAAUACCUCUAUGAGCAGAACCAUGCGUUUUUUCCUGCACUGCCGUUAGUAGUAGGUUACAUAAAGAGAGUGGUGAAGGGGUGGUUCCCGAAUGUAGGUGCCUGCUCGCUGCACGUGCUAAUCGGUAUAAUUUGUAAUACCUUUUUGUUUGUUUUUUCCGUGAUUGGGUUGCACCUAUUCGUGUUUACUUCGCUCAGUGUAAGGAGAGCCCAUAUGGGUGCGUAUUCCCCAAAGGAGAGUGCAAAGAAGGGGGUGAACUACAUGCAGAAUGUUAAAUGUUUAGAGGACUGUCGUCGCCUGAGCUUCCUGGCUGCACUUCUAUUCACAUUCAACAUAGGGAACAUACACAUGAGCAGUUUUUACAGCCAAGGUUUCUUUAGCUGUCUCUCCAUUUGGGGCUUCACCUUUUUGCAGUGGUCUCUGAAUGUCAGCAAGGGGGGCUUCACUUUCGAAUUGUUAGCCGUUCUGUCCUUCUCCGUUGCAUCCUUCUUCAGAUCUAAUGGAAUUUUAUUUUUAAUUCCUCUUUUCGUGCAUAGCCUGAGAACAUGUGCCUUCUAUGUGCAUUGCGCAGGGGUGGUAUCUCGACGGUGGGGACAGAGCAAAACGGACAGAGCGCAGAUGCUGCGUCACUUCUCAGACAUAGGAAUGUUACUGAGCCCCUUGUCAGACAGACGAAUUUUCCUGAAGUUUAUCCUCCACUGGGGGAAGGCACUCCUCGAAGCAGCACUCGUGGUACUACCUCUCCUCACCUUUCAAGCAUACGCUUACCACUUAUACUGUGUGCAGGGCUAUGAUGAUAACCUGUGGAGAGAGGAACAGAGAAAAUUUCACAGCUUCGCUUUAUCCUUUUGGGCGAACCCUCUUCAGUAUGUACGCGGGUGGAGUUACCCCCAUAGGGAAGACCAACCUAUUCGUAGACCCUGGUGCGAGAAAAUCGUCCCAUUUAUCUAUAAUUACAUUCAGCACAAAUAUUGGGGAGUUCAGUUUUUAAAAUUGCUCCGAUCACCCAGUGCCAAUGUGCUGUAUGCAUCUCCCGUCUAUUUCAUGUCGUUCCAUGUCGUGUAUCACUUUUUUCGGCACCGGACAUUCAGCGACGGGGAGGCUUCUCUUUUGUUUAUCCCCCCCUUCCUCGGGGAGGUUCUCCACCUAGGCGUCUUGUCUUUCUACCUGUUUAUUUUUGCCCACGGAGAGAUCAUCCUGCGGCUCAUUGCGAGCUCUCCCCUUUUCUAUACCCACUACGCCUACCAGAUCAAGUACUCAGAUAAGUGGAACUUGAUCCUAUUGGCCAAUUUGGUCUACUUUUUCGUUGGGCCUCCCCUCUUUGGCACGUACAUCGCGUGGACUUAG